AUGGCAGUUACAGUGUCUGAGACAAUCGUUCAAGCCAAGAUGGUCACGCAAUUUCCAGGUCACGUACGCUACGAACGUGUAUUGCGUCAUGCGGUCAAGGGCGAAGUGAUGGACAUAUACCAAGUCGUUGCAACGCCAGACGACGACAGACCACAGCAGGAGGAACCGUCGACGCCCUGGGUUCCAUCGUACACUAGUACGCCACUGUCCAAGACUCGCCCCCGUCAAGCACGUAUUCCGUCUCUACAUGAAUGCUGGAAUGAAGCAUUUGCAUACUUUAGACGACAGUCUGAUAAGAGCCUCGAUGACGAAGCUGACAUCUCAGCCACAUCGAUUGCGGACGCAUCCGUGCUGUCUGAUCCUGAUCUGCCAGCCGAGUCGCCUAGGAAACGAAAAGCUCCAUUCCGCUCCACAAGCCUGGACGGAGCAUCGACCUUGAAACCGGCGGACCACGAGUCAGACACUUGUCUCAAGCGUCAAAAGGUGGAGUCUUCCGGCCAUUUCCACAUGCUCACGACUUCUACGUCUACCGAGGUCAUCGAGCUGCAGAAGAAGUGCGCUGCCAUUGCACAGGACGUUGCCGCUAUGCGCAAACAACUCGGCCCACUCGGUCAACCUGUGAACGGCAGUGAUUAUGAUGUGUUGCGGCAUAGUGAGGAUAUUGUGCGUCGUUUAAGGGAAGCAGUCGGCCCGUCACGCCCCUCGACUCCAACAGUAUCUGCCACCAAGUUAUCGCAGCCACAGGGCGAAGACCGACAGAAGUCUCUUAUUGAGAAAGGAAAGGCAGUUGUUUUACCUCCUACGCCUCCCAUGGAACAACGCGACUCAUUGCUCCCCCGAUCACUUUCGCCAAUCUGUCUCACCAGCGAAUCUGAAGAGAGCGGCAGUAUUUCUUCCAAUUCUGCCAUCGAUGCCAGUGGUCUCGGUGGUCAGCAGCGCGGUCAUGGUGAUAACGCAAGGUCACACCGUCAUUCGAACGAACUUUCUCAAGACGAGAUCCAGAAGAACUAUCGCGAAUUCGAGGCCGCUGCUCAGCGCAGGAUGACGGACCCCACGUACGCGCCCGUCAGCGAUGUGGGUGACAUGAACUUUGAACGCAUUUUCCUGGGGGAUAGCGAAGCGGAGGAUUUGAGCCUGGGGGACAUCAGUGGCUUGAGUGAGGAGAUGAGUGGGUUGGACAUGGAUGAGAAGUAG